GGCUUACUCAUCUACAACACUUUCUCCAUGUGUCCUCCUCGAAGGCUCGCGGCUCUUUUCCUCCAAUCAUUCCUCUAUGCCGCCUCAUCGCCAUCGUAUAUGAGUUCCAGAAAUAGAGGGGAUCGAUUCCACCUCUCAACCACCGUCAUCAUCGGUUUUUCGACAAAAGUCGUACUCCUCUUCGUUCUCUCUUCUGUUACCGGCGACUCAACCAUCACAAUGAUUUAGGAUUUUUGACGUUUUCUCCCAAAAAUACUCGAAUUCUGUGGUUUCAGCCUCCAUCCUCUCCGUAUCUCUAUCGCUGGAUUUGAACAUCUCUCUCGCUUCACACUCACUGUUAUUCUUAAACCGAUGAUCAUUAAUCAAGAACCAGCCAUCGUCCAUGAAAUCGAACCCAAUCACCACCGGAUUAUGGACGAAGGCAAGGCACCCUAUGUGUUCGAUGGAAUGCCCCAAAUAAGAUGCACAUGGUUAAUUUGGAGUAAGGUUACACUUGGGUUUCAUACUAUCAACCACCACCAAGAUUUCCAACAAACUCCAGAGAAAUUCAGAAGAUAUGACAAGUUGGAAUUCGUCAUACGAGAUGAGGAUAAUGUAAAUGUAAUCAAGAGGUGCCAGAGUCUCUUCAGGUUGACAAAAUUCUGGAAGAUGAUCAUUAUUAGCAAGGAGAGUUCUCAACUAAUCAUAUUCUUUCUACUCGCUCGUAUUUACAAGGUUGUUCGUACGUUUGGUUGA